AUGCAAGACUCGCUUUGAAGAGUAGUGCUAUCUACUGAGACGUUGGUACACGGUCAAGACACAACAUUACCCAGUACUUCAUAUCAUACCCUCAAGUGUGAAUUAUCCGUAGUGGAACGUACUGUGCCACACAGUCACCGAAGAUUGAGACUGGGUCUUCCUGAGAUUUUGCAGACCUGCCAUUUUUCAAUAGUGGCAGAGGGAGACCGGAGAACUGAAAUUUCACAUUCAAGUCUGACACAGAUAAAACAAACUUCAACUCGUAAAUAAACUGUUGCCACAACUCCCAGUGUCGUUGACGGAGAGCAAAACAAUUUCAGAUGGACCCUGAAGGGAAAGGACCCCGAGGGAGCUACAGCAUGCAGGACUUCCUCCUCAGCAGCGAGGAGCAGCAGCUCAAGUUCCUGCUGCUCUCAGACCCCAGCCUUGAGUCUAAAACUGCCCACAAGAAGGAGCUCUGGACAGUCCAGCUCAUAAGUUUCCUGAAGGCAGUCACAUCCUUCAGUAGGGCCGCUGUUCGUCUGACUUUGGAGAGCAAAACACUAGAUGCAGACGUGAAAUCAGACCGAGAAGAGCAGGAACCAGAGGCUGAACAACAAGAGGGAGAGAGAGAGGAAGAGGAGGAGGAAGAGGCUGGAAUUAUACCUCCAGAAGAGAUAGACAUGAAGGACCCUGAAGGGAAAGGACCCCGAGGGAGCUACAGCAUGCAGGACUUCCUCCUCAGCAGCGAGGAGCAGCAGCUCAAGUUCCUGCUGCUCUCAGACCCCAGCCUUGAGUCUAAAACUGCCCACAAGAGGGAGCUCUGGACAGUCCAGCUCAUGAGAUUCCUGAAGGCAGUCACAUCCUUCAGUAGGGCCGCUGUUCGUCUGACUUUGGCUGAACAACAAGAGGGAGAGAGAGAGGAAGAGGAGGAGGAAGAGGCUGGAGUUAUACCUCCAGAAGAGAUAGACAUGAGAGCCCUCGAGCUUCUGAUUCGCCUGUUGGAGGAAUGGGAGAUCAAGAGGAUGCGACACUUCUCCGAGAAGAACACAGACAAAGACGCACCAGAUAUUUCUUCUGGCGUUCUGAAAGCUGAGGAGGCCAGACUGAAUGACGACGGUCCUCCCCCUGCUGUAGAGAGGCAAAAAGAAAAACAAGAGGCGAAGACAAAUUUACCCAAGAAAACCAGCAGAUUCCUGAGUGACACUGAAACCCCGGGCAAAGAUGCCCAACGUCAAAGGUCGCCAGCGUCGGUGCCCACCAGGAUUCAGGCGGCAGAGCCUGGCAAGCUGACAGAGGAAUACAAGAAACCUAUUCCCUACCCUAAUUUUGGAUGCCUUUAUUCGGAGAUUUUUCGUGAAGACCCCAAACCUUACUCUAAGCUUCUGCUUUCCCGAAAUAAAAGUGCUCACCCACUUUCCCUCAAGUCUCCUCCUUCCAUAUUUACGUCUCCCAACGGCAAUAUUCUGAGAACACCUAAAUCUGUUUCUCCUUAUAAACCUACAUUAUCCAAUCACAUAAUUUCCGGAAAACCUUAUAACUCAGACUUUUUUCCUCACAAACCUGCAUCUCGCAGUGACAGUACUGUGAGAACACAUAAUUCUGCUCUCCCUUACAAACCUGCAUCAUCCAAUUACUUAAUUUCAAGACCGCCUUCUAUUUCAGGAUUUAUUCCUUACAAAUCUACAUCUCCCAAUAUGAGAAUGCCCUCUCAUUCAGGCUCUCCUCUUCACAAACCUACAUCAUCCACUGAUAGUGACAUUAUUGCAAAAACAUCUACGAGUAAUUCAGGCUUUCCUCCUCCUCCUACAUCAUCCAAUGAUAUUAGUGUAAAACCACCUAAUUCAGGAUUUCCUCCUCACAGACCAUCAUCACCCACUGACAUUAUUGCGAAAACACCUUCUACAAGUAAUUCAGGCUUUCCUCCUGCCAAACUUACAUCAACCAGUGACAUUACUGCGAAAACACCUCCGAGCAAUUCAGGCUUUCUUUCUGACAAACCUACAUCAUCCACUGACAUUAUUGCAAAAGGACCUUCUACCAGUAUUUCAGGCUUUCUUCCUGACAAACCUACAUCAUCGACUGACAUUACUGCAAAAGCACCUUCUACCAGUAUUUCAGGCUUUCUUUCUGCCAAACCUACGUCAUCCACUGACAUUACCGCAAAAGCACCUUCUACGAGUAAUUCAGGCUUUCUUUCUGCCAAACCUACAUCAUCGACUGACAUUACUGCAAAAGCACCUUCUACCAGUAUUUCAGGCUUUCUUCCUGACAAACCUACAUCAUCCCAUGACAUUACUGCAAAAACACCGUCUACCAGUAUUUCAGGCUUUCCUUACAAACCUACAUCAACCAGUGACAUAAUUGCGCAAACACCUACAAGCAAUUCAGGCUUUCUUCCUGACAAACCUACAUCAUCCACUGACAUUAUUGCGAAAACAUCUUCUACGAGUAAUUCAGGCUUUCCUCCUCACAAACCAACAUCAUCCACUGACAUUGCAAAAUCACCUUCAGGCUGUCCUCACAAACCUACAUCAUCCACUGGCGUUAUUGCGAAAACACCUACGAGUAAUUCGGGCUUUCCUCCUCACAAACCAACAUCACCUAUUAACAUUAUUGAGGGAAUCUUUUCUAAUUCAGGCUUUCCUCCUUCCAGCCCUACAUAUUCCAACAACGACCUUUCAGGGGAACCCAGUUAUUCUGCCUUUCCACGUCACACGUCUACUAGUUCUUUUUUCAAUUCACUCGACAAAUUAGUAAACACCUUUGACAGAAUACCCUCACUACAACCAAUCUCUCUUUUGAACACAGACACAUCUCCCAUUGAUAGUUUUUCUCGUGAACCUUCCAGUCCUAUUUAUGGUGGUUCUACAACGUUUCGUUCUACAGCACCUUGUGAACCCGUCUCUCGUUCUACCCCAAAGAGCCUCUGUGAUAUCCCAGUGCCACCUGAUACAAAUGAUCAGUAUAUUUUCAUCCCUGAACACACUCGUGGUGCUAGCAGCGUCUCGAGUUACCAUAGAAAAGACGGCACGUUCGUAAGGGGGUAUGAACGAGGACCUUGCGUGGUGAGGGAGCACUGGCGAAGGAAAAAUUAACACUUCUUUUGAUAGCGUCAUGGGUUCCUUGUUGCUAUUCGCAUUAACCUCUCGGGAAUUCGCUUGAGAGAAGGCAGUAGAGAAGGCGUAGCAGGCAACCGACCCCUUAAUGUAGGGAUAACGGUGGGAAAGAAGAAGAAGAAUUCGCUGUAAUUUGUUGUGUCGUGGCUGAAUUUCCCUGGUUCGUGAAACUACUGCUAAGUAUUUCAGGAAGCUUGAGUCAUCGUUUUUUGCCAAUAUCUUACAAACCAAUCGAGUGAUUGGUAUGGUACUUUGAAACAGAGUUUCUCACGCCCUCCCUUCAUUUUUGAUAAAACAAAAUUCCAUGUCCAAACACAGAUUUUAAAGACACGUUAUUCUUGAAUUUUAGGACAUAGCCAAACCUAGCCAGUCCAGAUUUACGAAUUCAUUCGGAUAUGCACUCUCUGGGUACUUCCCCCCUCUACCCACCCUUCCUCAUUCUUUAAACCUCAUUUCCCCGUCUGUCUUUUCAUUCAUUCUCCUCCCCACCCCCCCACCCCCUGCCCCCCCCCCCCCCUUCCCCGCCCGUCUCUCUCCAUCUCUCUCUCUUCGCAGUAUUUUUUAUGUAAUGGAAUGUUUCCAGGCACAUGUUAGCAUUGCAAUUUUCGCUUACUCGGGGAGUAAGCGUACAAACUUCUUUGUUGUUGUUGUUGUUGUUGUUAUUAGGAUGUCAUACGGAAAAACCUCAAAAGGUCUGAAAAAAAGUGUUUCACAAUAAGUUAAAGAUACAGGAAUUUUAGGAAAGGAUAUUUAUGAUUUAUUUAUUAGAACGAAAAUGUAAAAAAUAAAUAAAGUGCAUGUUAAACAGUAGAGAAAAACUAUUUCUAAGAAAAUAUAGCGUUUAUAUUUAUUUUAAUUUUCGUUGGUGAAACAACGCGCUAUUUGACCAUAGAUUUUAGCAUGUACCACGAGUAUGCUGGAGGUCGGAUCGCGCCUUGUUCAAGUGAGCAAUGUAGGAUGAAAUGAGCUAAUGACCUACUUGGUUAUUCAGAAAUUGGGGGGUUUCCGAAAUCUUUGUAGUUGAUGAAUGAAAUUCGGGUCUGUCAAGAGUAUUUUGUUUUAUUCAUUUAUCCUUUUUACAUUACUAUUCCAGACUUAGUAUCCAUUUCACAAAGGUGGAUUGAUAACGAGAGAAAGAAGGGUCGGCGAGGGGAGGGGGGUGUUGGGGGGGGGGGAAUAAGGGAAAGAUAAAACUUGACUUAUUGACAUAGUAUUUUACAUCAAUGAUAUUGUGUGCAUUGUGUCAAAUGGUUAUGACCUGUUCUAUGAUUUUAACCAAUUAUUUUUUAAUUUCAUAUGAAAACAGCGAAUUUAGAAUGAACAUGAAAUAACUUUUCAUCACAAAAUCAUGCGAACAAAAUAAAAACAAUCACAUUCAUGAAGAAAGUAACGUACGAUACGGUGUGUAGUUCCUCACUGGAUGAGUCGGUUGCGUACUCGCCUACCAACGCGGAAUCAGAGGAAUGUAUUUCUGGUGAUUAGAAAUUCACUUCUCGAUAUAACGUGGUUCGGAUCCCACAAUAAGCUGUAGGUUCCAUUGCAAAUUAACCAAUUGGUUCCUUGCCAGGUAAAUAAAAAUGUGGGCAAUCGGGCCAGCCAUAUACACACAC